AUGUCGAUACCGAAGAAUCGCUUGCCAUAUUCCCAAAAAGUUGGAAACCUUCGGUCAAUUGGAGAAGAGCAGCCGGCUGGAGUCCCCAAGAACCCUUCCCAAUACACGUCGUAUACAACCAAUCCAGCAAGCGGAAAAGAAGACCACGCAAGCUAUGCGUUACCGACGACGUGGAGACCGCCGACGCCUUUCAAUCCAGAACGACGUGUCAGCGAGUCCGAUACCACCACCGACCCCGCCUUGCCAUCUCCUCUGUCAUCUGCAGACAUGGAAAGAGUCGUAAGGGAAGCUGCGAAACCGAAGCGGAAGGCAGCUCGAUAUCGAGAACGACGUCCUCGUCCUGGUUUACGCCGCAGAGUAAAACUUUCCAACCCCAUCCGACGAAAACGACCCCCACGCAAGCCCAAGGACAAUGGACAAAUGGACCCGACCCAAUGUGGCUCUCAAUACCUCUCUCCAACACGACUUACAUUGAGGACCUUCGUACCGCCAGAUAUGGAAGGCGGAAGAGGGCCGACCCUUGUCCGUCUUUUGCGCGCCAUGCUAUCGAAGGACCUUCAAAAGGCAUUAGAGGCGCAGAACGAGAUCCGUCGCCUUCAAGCCGAAGAUCAUGUCGUUUCUACCCAUUUCUCCCGCAUCCCUGUUCCCAUUCUUCGCCAACUACACUACAACCUAUCCAAACAGCGUCCGGUCACCAAAUCCCACUUCCCCCUCAUGUUGUCCGCUUUGCAGUCCCUGUGGGAUGCAGGCGAGACAUUCCCUAUCGACGUCUGGAACUCGUUGAUCAACGUAGCCGGAAAAGGCUUCAGAACUGGCUCCAGGCACGAAUAUGUAACGGCUGCGUCUAUCUACCGCGAUAUGAUUAGCGGUCGCCGUCCAGGUGCCUCGCAACGCGAAUUUCUGAACUUGCGGAAGCCUGAACAACUGGAAGCCCUCCCUGGCACCGUUCAACCCAACCUGGUUACAUUCAACACCCUCAUUAGCAUCGCAGCAAGGUCUCUCAGCCAACCUGCCAUCGCCCAUGCGGUCGCCUUAUUCCAGAAAUCAGGGCUCACUCCCGACCAUAUCACCCACUCAUCCCUUCUCGUCUAUUUCACUAGGACCAACAAUUUUACCGGCAUUCGUAACACCCUCCUCAAGAUGAAGCGACAGAAACUGUCAAUGCCAAUCGACACACUCAACGGCAUCCUCUACGCGUAUAUCUACAACGGGCGGGCCGAGGUCGCUUGGGACGCGUUCCUUGUCCUGAAAAACAAUGUAACUCCCGACCCCAACCAAGCUUUCGUCAAAAGAGCCCAGAGGCGGCUUGCCUCAAAAGAGGGUAUCGUGAUUGGCUCCGACUUGAAGCCCAACGAAGUCACAUACGUUGCCACCAUACAGGCGAUGGCUCACAAAGGCGAUGCGUUCCGGACAUUUUCAACCCUCCACGAACACCUCUCCCUCGAUCCCGGCGCCUUCUGUUGGAACUCAACUGCAGCAGCAUUUCGUGCAGUUUUCCUAGGCUUCUCCAAACAUGCACAUCCACCGUCAUUUUCUACCGGGAAAGGAGCGGUCCCAAUCUACGAGUGGAACCUUUCCAAUCUCGACCUCAUGUUCAAACUGUUCCUGCGAUUACCCCCUACAAGAAUACCAACCAGAAGUACGAUUUAUUGGAUCAUUACCGCCUUCGACAAAGCGAGCGGCGGUGACCUACCAAUUCAACGCAGAGUGUGGGUGCAGCUUAAACUUCGCUUUCAGAAACGCGAUCCCCAGCUCUUCCGCCAGAAGCGACUUCAGGAUGUGGAAGCACGAUUGUUCUUGGCCCCGCAAUCCCAGCAGUGCUCUGAAAAUCCCUCAAGUCUUCGGCCUGAAGGUGCAUCCGAAUCCGGUCCAUAA